CUGAGCAUGUGGCAGCUCCACACUCCUUACUGUCCUCCCAAGCUCUCCCAUUGGCUACAGACUGUGAGAAACUCCAACAAGCCCAAGACCCACACAUUCAUAUGCAGAUUUGGGACAAUAUAUAGGAGAGAUGAAGCCAGUAGAGAUCAGAUUCUCUCUACACAGACCUCUACAGCACAGAGAUCCAGCCAUGGUACCUACAAUCACUUCAACGAUGAUCUACCCUAAGGAGCACCUGACUCUGACAAACAAGCUAAGAAAGCCAGUGGUGGAGAAGUUACGCAGAGAUCGUAUCAACAACAGCAUUGAGCAGCUCAAGUCUCUCCUGGUUCCAGAGAUCCUCAACCAGCAGUCCGACUCCAAGCUGGACAAAGUCGACAUCCUGGAGAUGACAGUUUGCUUCCUGAGACGACAGCAACAGAACCAGCCAGUGAGCUCCUCCUCCUGCUCAGCACCUGUCAAUCAGGGUUACUCCAGGUGUGUCCAUGAGAUUGUUCACUUCCUGUCUAAAGAUGAGCAGAAGUCACAGUCCCAGAGAAGACUGCUGCAACACUUCCAGAGCCUGCAGCCAUCCUCUGAUAAGAACAGGAGGGAGAUUGACGGUCCUCAGCUAAGCUCCCCAGCCCAGCACAGCAUCAGCAAAGAGAAGAGUCCAGUAAACAUCGCCCCCUGGAGGCCCUGGUAGAGACCUACAGACUGGAGCUCCACUCAGACAAACACAACGGAUGGACCAUGUUGGUCUAAGAUUAAUUUAAUGGACAGUAAUGAGUAUAAUAAAAUAUAUUCUUCAUCUUCUGCUUAUGCAGGACUUUUUUUAAAGUCUUGCUGUGAGACGUUUAAUUAAAGUUGUACUGAACAAGUUAACAUUCUCUGAGAAAAUAAUCAAAUUGAUAAUUUAAAUAACGUUAAUGUUUUGUGAAACAUGUUGAUUAUAUUAAUCUUGUUUUUAUAUUCAUGAUCAAAAAUAACUUUAAUGCUCCUCCAUGAGAACUUUUAACCCACAAUGGAUAUUAUAUAAUCAGUCUGUUUGUGAUUAUCUAUGACUGAUCUGUUUAAAGGUCAAAAUGUAUAAGACAUUGCCACUACAUUUGUGUAGUGAUAUAGUCAUAUUGACUUUGUAUUGAGCAUCUUCUGUGAAGCAUGUAUCAGUUAUAUAUUUGAUAUUGAUCAACUUGAGCUACAGCAUCAAUGUUCCUCCGUGAGGAUUAUUUACCCAAACUGGGUAUUAUACCUGCUAUCAUCACUCUGUGAUUAACAAUAUUUGAUUUGUUUAAAGAUCGAACUUCAUUUGUGAAAUGAUCAAUCAUGUUAUUUGAAUAAUAAUUUUAUUGCAAAUGUGAUUUUAAAAAAAUGUCUAAUUGAAAAACAUGAUUAUUUUGAACAAUUAUUUUGUCUUUCAUAAAGAAAGUAACUUUGUAUCCUAUACUCUGAUAGAGUAUCAUAUCUUGGAGAUUUGUUCAAGUUCUUGUUGUGAUGUUUAAUCACUGUAUUUCUCUUGAAAUAUUUACCUUAAAUUAAGGUAUUCAAUGAUGUGACUCAGUGAGUCAGUCUGA